CGUGACUCUACCGAUCUUACGGGACUAAUUUAUUGACUGACACUCGCUGCGAGGAGCUUCGGUUCGGAAACCUAGAUUCCGUCCAGACUCUAUGUUCCAGGCACCUAGAGAUAAUUCCGACACGUAUUUAUCGCUCAGCUUCGUCGAUGCAGCGACCGUUCAUGUAAAUCCCGUUACGUCCUUCGCGACGUUGCGCGACUUGCGACAGGCGGUGUUGUAGAGCCUGCUUCUCGCGGUCGUCGCAUGUGCUGCUCUUGUCUGGGCGUCAGCUUGUCGCGAUCUUCCGAGGUUCAGAGUGAGCACACGCACGCAGAGCAGCACACGCACGCAGAGCAGCUAGCAGCUCGACUCCCCUUGAUGCGCCCGCUAGUAGCGUCCUCAUGCUCCUCGUGUUCUCUUCUUAUCGAUAGUGGGUCGUAGCGGCGCGCGCGCGUGUGUCCAAUUAAGAUGUGCAGUGACUCCCUCUGCUGCCUCUACAGCGCCACGUCAGACAUGUACGCGCCGCCCUUCAGCCACUUCUCGCCGCUCGUCGCCGCUCUGCUUGACGACGCGAUUAUCGCGGCGCUCCUUACCGCGGAUGGCGGCUUCCGCGUGGCGCAGUGCAGCUCCGCGUUAGUGCAUUUCUUAGGUUUAAAGCCCGAGGACGUUUUAAAGAGGCCCGUCAGGGAGCUCGUUCACGCGGGGGACGCCGACGCGCUCGAGGCGGUCCUCGUGGAUUAUACCAGGUCCAAGCGCCAAGGACCCUGCGACAAACGAUUGGACGUGCGACUGUCGCCACGCGUUGACGAAAGCGAGGCGACAAGCCGGCGACAAACCCUAGGAGCUGCCGACGGCGGCCGCUGGUUCGAAGUCGCGAUAUCCCUCGCUAGCCCUAGCGUAGAUCCCAGCCGUCAAACCCUAACCGACGGACACGUGUCGCACGGAGAGCACUGGAUCGAACGCUGUCAGGAGGCGUUGCAUCAGGAGGCAUUAGAGCCGGCAGCCUCGCCGGUUCAGGGAAUCUUCACUACAGGUGCGAGCCGCGAGCCGCUGCUUCUGUGCGUGUUUUAUGACGUGUCGGCGCGGCGCGGCGGCGCGGAGUACAUAGUGCGGCAGCUGCGGGAGUGCGUGGAGUUGGCUAAGAGCGCGCCGCAGCACCCCAACGACUCGGAAGCGGAACAAGGGGAAGGCGCGUCGGGGGAAGGCGCGGGGAGAUGCGCGAGGGAAGGCGCGGGGGAAGGCGCGGGGGAGGGUGCGUCGGGGGAGUCGGGGGACGGGUUGAGGGGAGAGGAAGAUAGAGGCGUGUCUGGAAGUGUAAGGGGUAGGGAAGACAGCGCGGGCGGAGCAGCAGGCGGAGCGGCAGGCAGAGCGGCAGCAGAUGGUGACAGUCGGAGAGGCGGGAGUGAUGUAGCAACAGCAGGGAAGGGGGACGAUGACAGUGGCGCAGCGCGCCAAGUGGAAAGGCGGGGAGGGGAUGGAAGAGGGGGGGCGACAGGCGGAGGAGGGGAGAGCGAGGGGAGCGAGGGGAGUGAGGGUAGAGACGGAGGAGUGGUUGGGGGGAACGGGGGAGGAGAUGGCGGCGGGAAGGAGGGCGAUGACGCGGGGUCGAGUGCGGUGGCGAGUGGAGUGGCAAGGCAGAUAUCCGCGUUAAUAGACGAGGUCAAGUCGCUGCUAGUUCACAGCCGCAAGAACUCCCGAUUUCACGCCAUCUUUGAAAUGUCCAUGGACCCCAUCUUCACCGUGUCUCGUGACUUCAAGCUGGUGGAUUGCAACUCAGCUGCGGUGCGCUGCAUGAAGUACCGCGACCGCGCCGAGAUGAUGGCGCGCUUCGACCUCAUGCAGCUCUCGCCCGAGUUCCAGCCCGACGGCCGGCGCUCCGUGGACGUGCAACUGGAGAACCAUGCGAGGAUGCUCAAGGGCGAAGUGGUCAUCUUCGAGUGGCAGACGCUGGCGUCCGAUGGAGAGCCCUUCAUGGUGUUCGUGACUGUCCGGGAGAUAGUGAUCGACGGGGAGAAGUACCUUCUCUCCAUCUGGCACGACCUCUCCGAGAUGAAGCGGAAGGAGGAGGAGUUAAAGGCAGCUAAAGAAGCCGCGGAGGCAGCCAACGAGGCGAAGAACCGGUUCCUGGCGAAUAUGAGCCACGAGCUGCGCACGCCCAUGAACGGCGUCAUCGGCGUGGCCGAGCUGCUGCUGCGCACGGCGCUGACGGACGAGCAGCGCAUGUACGUGGACGUCAUCUGCUCCUCCGGCAACGCCCUCACCCACAUCAUCUCCGACGUCCUCGACAUCACCAAGAUCGAGGCCCAAUCCCUCGUGGUGGACGCCUACCCCUUCAACCUCCGCGUGACUGUAGAGCAGGCGCUCAGCGCGAUUCGCGGGGCGGCCGACAGCAAGAAGCUGGGGCUGGCGGCGAGUAUUUGCCCGCAGCUGCCGAUGAUGGUGAUUGGGGACCAGUUCAGAGUGCGGCAGAUCCUGCUCAACCUGCUCUCCAACGCCAUCAAGUUCACCGACAGGGGUGAGGUGCGCGUUCGAGUGUCACUAUGUCAGCCACCACCAUUAGACCCGAGCACUAGUCAAGAGCUGCUGGCGGAGGCAGCGCCAGGCAACCAGAUUCUAGACCACGCGCAUGGGCAUGGGAGCCGUAGCGACACGCAUGGGCAUGGGGGAUUGAGCAACACACGCGUUUCUCAUGAGGGGCAGGAGGCAGGGGAGCGGGCAGCGGGGGAGGCAGGGGGCUGUGCUGCAGACGCUGGGGAUGUGAGGGAAGGGCAGGGAGCAGAGCAGGAGGGGAGGGAGGUGGCAUCAGCUGAGGGUGAGGGGCGGAAGUAUGCGCCAGCAGAGGAACCCUCUCCCCAUACUGGUACACUUCCUUCCCCACCUCAUGUCCAUGUCUCCGCUUCCGCUCUUUGCACCAGUCCCUCUCCCCCCCCUGCCAAGCGUGCUAGGUUGGAGAGCAGCAGCGGCAGCGGUAAUACUGUGGUUUCUAGCGCUAAUCCUACUGUUUCUGGUACUGUUGCUGUUGCUGGUGCUGGUGCUGGUGCUGGUGCUGGUGCUGGUGCUGGUGCUGGUGCUGGUGCUGGUGCCACUGUUGCUGGUGCUGGUGCUGGUGCUGGCGUGUGUGCUCAUGCCUGCGAUACCAUGUGUGCUGCUGUUUCAGCGGAGGCCAACGCUGCUGUCCACACAGCAGUUGCUGCGGCUGCCGACCCUGCUGCCGACCAAACUGCCGCCACUGCUGCCGACCACGCUGCCAGUGCUGCUGCGGAUGCUGCAGUUCCAGCCCUUACUGUGGGAGCAGCAGCAGGGGAGGAGAAGGGGAAAGUGUGGGUGCGCAUCGACGUGGCGGACACGGGUGUGGGCAUCUCCCAGGAGGUCCUAGCGCGCCUGUUCACCCCCUUCCGGCAGGUGGACGACUCGUCGUGCCGCAAGCACGGCGGCACGGGCCUGGGUCUGUCCAUCUGCCGCUCGCUGGCGUCGCUCAUGGGGGGCUGCAUCUCCGUCGCCUCCACGCCCCACCAAGGCUCCACCUUCUCCCUCUCCCUGCCCUUCACCCCCUCCCGGACGUGGGAUGCCCAUAUGAGGAGGGAGGGGGAGAGGGGGGUUGAGUGGGGGUGGGGGGAUAGGGAGGAAGGGAUGGCGUGGGAGGUGUCCGGGAGGGGAGAUGGGGCGAGAGGAGAUGGGGAAGGGCAGAAGGUGGGAGGUAGGAGUGGUGUUUCGGCAGCAUCGGUAGCAGCAGCAGAGGCGGCAGCAGCUGCAGAGGCAACGGCAGCAGCAACAGGAGGAGGAAUGUUAGGAGAAAUGGGAGGAGGAAUGGGAAGAGUGGGGGGGAUGGGAGGAAGCGCAGCAGCAGAAGCAGCAGCAGGAGCAGCAGCAGCAUCCAGACACCGAGCCAGAGAGGAGGCAGGGAGAGGGGCGGAAGAGGGGAGAGGGAGAGAGCAGGAGCAAGCAAACGAGCUCACCGAAGCCCUGAGGCACUUCCAAACCUCUGCCUCACCGCUCCACCCAGCAUCAGUCUCGCCUCGGCACCGAGCCUCUCCCUCGCCUCCGCCUGCGGUUCGGUACCCGAGCCCCCUCUCCUGCCUGCCCCCCUUCUGGCACGUGCAGCCUCAGGAGAACGCGGAGGAGGAGCAGCAGCCGCCUGUGCUGGUAGGGGUGCAGGGGGGCAUGGGUGGAGAGGGGGUGUGGGGAGAUGGUGGGGGAGGGGAGAUGGAGGGGAGGUGGAGAAAUUGGGGGGAAGGCGAGAUGGACAGUUUGAGAGGUGGUUUGGGCGGUGAGUUGAUUGGGGGGACUCGGUUUGAGGUGGCUCAAAACGGUUUGGGGUUGUUGGUGGCGAGGCAUGGGAGCGAAGGGGGGACUGUGGUGGGGAAGCGGGGGAUGGGGGAGGGCUUGGGGGGUAUAGGGGGAGGAGGGGCAGUGAGGGAGGGAGAGGGAGUGAGCGAGGAGAGGAGAGAGGGAGGGAGUGGUUGGGGGGAGGGGUGUGAAGGAACCUUGGGGAUGGCAGUAGGGGGGGGUGCGAUUGGUAUGAGAGGGGGGGAAGGGGCAAGGGACGUGGAAAUGGGGGAAGGGGGGGCUUGCUUGGGCAUAGGCAGCAGAGGGGUAGGCUAUGAGUCGGGAGGUACUUAUAAGGCAGCAGCAGGUGUGGGAGAGAUGGGGGUGGGGAGAGAGAAGAGAAGGGGAGAUGGAGAGAGGGUGAAGAAGAUAACGGAAGGAGAGAGGGUGAAGAGACUUAGGGAGAGGGGGGAGGGAGAAGAGGAGGAGGGGGCAGAGCGGGUGGGUGAGGACAAAUGUCCGAAGGGUUAUGUGGCAGAGAGCGAGGGGGAUGGGCGGGGUGGUGGUGGGGGGGAGCGGGAGGAGGGGGGGGAAGGGGGGGAGGAGAGAUGGAAGGAUGAUGGGGAGGACGAGGGGGAUGAGGAGGAGGAUGAGGGGGAGGAGGAGGAGGAGGAGGAGGAGGAGAGGGUUGUGGGGCACGAGGGAGACAGGGGCAAGGGAGUGGCAUGCAGGCGGCAGCAGGCAGGCAGUGAGAAGGCAGGGAUCGAAUUGGAGGCGGCACCAAGAGCAGAGGGGGGGUGUGGAGUCAAGGGAGGCAAAGAAGCCGCUCUGCCGGAAGGGGGAAGACGGGGGAAGGGCAUGGUGAACGGAGCGGAAGUGAGGAGUGAGGAGAGGAAGGAGUGGGGGGGAGAGGGGGGGGAGGGGCAGGAGGAGGGAGGGUUCGCAGCGCUGCGGUGCCCGGGGGUGGAGGAAGGGAUGGGUGGAGGGGGCAGGAGUGGGGCAGGUGCUGGCCCGACGAGCUUUGAGGGGCUGCGAUGCCUGGUGGUGGAGGACAACCCGGUGAACCGCAUGGUGGUGGUGCGCCUGCUCAGGAGCCUCAAGGUGGCCUGCGACGUGGCGGAGGACGGCUGCAAGGCUGUGGAGGCAUGCAGGUGCUGCUGCUACGACAUCAUCUUCAUGGACUGCCACAUGCCUGUGAUGGACGGCUUCGAAGCCACUGAGAGAAUCCGCAAGCUGCAGUCGGACCACCCGGACAACUGUGAUGCUCCUGCUGCUGCUGCUGCCAGUGCUGCCUAUGCUGCUGGUGCUAGUGCCAAUGCUGAUGUUGCUGGUGCUGGUGCUGCUGGUGCUAGUGCCAGUGCUGAUGUCGCUGCUGCUGCUGGUGGGGAGAAACCAACAUCUGGCGAGUGUCUGGAAGAAGAGCACAAGUCGGAGCAGGAGAAGCCGCGGCACCGGAGGAAGCGGUCAGUCAUAUACGCGCUGACAGCGAGUGUGCUGAAGCACGAGAGGGACAAGUGCGUUAGUGUGGGGAUGGAUGGCUUCCUGGCCAAGCCAAUACGGCUCAAAGACCUUCAGCAGGUGCUGGGCCAGUUGAUGCUAGAAAUGAAAGAAAGCGCUGCUUAAUGUUAUGGGCCUAGUGCUUCAGAAUGCAGGCCCUUUUAUCGUUUCUGAGGACUUCCAUUGUUAUCCAACCUUGCUUGCCGUGGUGAACGGUGCUGAAACAGAAUGGCUGGCCGGGUCUGAAGAGAGAAGGAACGGCGGCAGUAAGGGGAAAACAACGAACCGGUCUUUCAGGUUCUCCAUGAAAGGCCAAGGAGGUCGAACAAGGUCAGUAUGGAUGGACCCACACCAGUAUCAGAAAGAACAAUAAAUUAGAAUGUGUGAG